AAUGAUCGAAGGGGGUUAAUAAAGACCAGUAUCUUCUCUAAAGAGAAAGGAGGUAGAUUUCUCAUCCCAUCAUAUUCACUUCCCAUAGAGCAACAGCACCUCUCCGAUCAUCUUGGACGUCAGUCAAUUUUCAUUCUAUCAUAUUUCUAUCUUUUCUUAACAUGAAGGUUUCUGUACUCCUAUCUCUGGCCGCGACCGCCUUGGUGUCGGCGGCUCCUGUAACUAACGACGGGACCGAGGACCUCACUGCGCGUGAUGGCUAUGGUAACUACGGGAAAUAUGAGGCAUACGCCCCAUACACCACGUACAAACGUGACGUAGCUGAAGAGAAGAGAAGAGUAGCUACUGAGGAGGAGAAGCGCAGUGGUUAUGGCAAUUAUGGCAAUUAUGACGCUGCUGCUGAGGAGGAUAAGCGUAACGGAUACGGCAACUACGGCAAGUACGGCACAUACGCCCCGUACACCAGUUACAAGCGUGACCCGGCGCCCGAGGCUGAACAGAAGAGUGAAGUUGCCGCCGAGUAUGCGAAACGAGAGCUUGCCUCGGAGCAAGUCUGAGGCAUUCCAGGAGUAAAACUGCUUGAUAAAAACGCAGAGCUCAUCUCGAAAUGACCAAUUUGGUGUAGCUGGAUGUCAGU